AUGUCCUCAUACAAAUCCACUAGUAUCAUUGUCGUACUAGUGUCUAUACUAUGCUACAUUUAUAAACUCCAGAUUUCCAAAGAGGUAUACCCACCUCCAUUGAAAUACAACCAAUUGACAACGCCAGGGGACCAAAUUGAAACCAUAUUCUUAGAAUCCUGGUAUGAUUACGUGAAAUACGGGUUCGGUUAUGACAUCUAUCAUCCCAUAUCACACACAGGUGAAAAUAUGCCCUCUGAUGGUAACCCAUUGGGUUGGAUCAUCGUCGAUUCCAUUGAUACCAUGAUGCUAAUGUAUAAUUCAACAAGUUUAUACAAGGAUGAAUUCCAUCAGGAAAUAAUGAACGUGGAAAGUUGGGUUGCCAAUGAACUGGAUUAUUCUGUUGUCAAUGCAGAGAUCAAUAUUUUUGAAACUACUAUUAGAAUGCUGGGUGGUCUGUUAUCCGCGUAUUAUCUCUCCAAUGAAUUAAACAUUCCGGACUCAACACCUCAGGUUUACUUACAAAGAGCUAUACAAUUGGCUGAUAGAUUGACUCCUGCAUUCUCCCAAUCACAAACAGGUAUCCCAUUUUCCAGUAUCAACUUAUUAACAGGAAGAGCAGUGAAAAAUCAUCAAGAUAAUGGUGCUUCAUCAACCGCAGAAUUCACUACUUUGCAACUAGAGUUCAAAUACUUGGCUUAUUUGACUGGGAAUGUAACUUAUUGGCAAUUAGUGGAAAACGUGUACCCACCACUAUACCAAAAUAAUGACUUACUAUCACCAGAACCUUUCGAUUCAUUGAUCCCCAUCUUUACACUUCCAGAUACGGGUAAAUUCAGUACUACAAAUAUAAGAUUAGGAUCUCGUGGUGAUUCCUUUUAUGAAUAUUUGAUCAAACAGUAUUUGCAAACCCAUGAAACUUUAUACUAUGAUUUAUUUAGACAUUCCAUGGAUAGCGUUAAACGUCAUUUAGUGGGCCACACCGUGGGUCCAUCUCAUCUAUUAUACAUUGGUGAAAGGGUCAAUGGGUUACAACACGGAGAAUUAUCAUCAAAGAUGGAUCAUUUAGUUUGUUUCCUGGGGGGUGCCCUAGCCAUGGGCGCCACUCAGGGUGCCCCCAUCGAUGAGGCCAGAACCGCCGCCAAUGGAUUUUGGAAUGAUGAUAGAGAAUCAGAUUGGGAAAUGGCACAAAAUUUAACACAAACAUGUUACAGAAUGUAUCAUGAUAACGAAGUCUCAGGACUAUCACCGGAAAUUGUGGUAUUUAACGAUGGAACUCAUAAUGAAGAGAUCACGGACAAGAACCAAGAAUUUUACGUCAAACCGUUGGACAAACAUACUUUGCAAAGACCAGAAACCGUGGAAUCCAUCAUGUUCUUACAUCAUUUGUCAAGCGAUCCCGCACAGAAGCAAAUGUAUAGACAAUGGGGGGCAGAGAUACUUGAUAAUUUUGCCAAAAAUACCUGCGUGGAUUGUGAAGUGGAUAACCACAGAAGAUACGUUUCCUUGGAUGAUUGUUUCGUACAACCAACUCUGAAACGAGACAAUUUGGAAAGUUUCUGGUUAGCAGAAACUUUAAAAUAUUUAUAUCUUUUAUUUGAUGAUGAAAGUGAAUCUAAGAUGACAGAAUGGGUAUUUAAUACCGAAGCUCAUGUGUUCCCCGUAUUGUCAUCUGUUGAAUUAGAGAAAUUAGGAUUAGUGACAGGAUGGUCAAUCUAA